AUGGAGAUUAGGUUAAAGCAAUGCGCAGUUAUUGAGUUCCUCGUCGCAGAAGGGUGCGAACCUAAAGAGAUUCAUGCUCGUUUAAAAAGUGUUUACGGUGAUGAAACGAUUGAUAUUAGCAAUGUUCGAAGAUGGGUUGUGAAUGCGAAAAAAGUUAAUAGUGGUUCGCUUAAAAUUUCUGAUUUAUCGAGGUCUGGUCGUCCGAAAACUGCGGUGACAGAUGGCAAUGUCCAAAAGAUUGACGACUUGAUUCAUGAAAACCGAAGGAUUACGCAGCAUAAAAUUGCUCGUAUCGUGGGUAUUUCUAAAGAAAGAGUGAAUCAUAUUAUCAGUAAUGAGCUCGAGUAUCGAAAGAUUUGCGCGAGAUGGGUCUCAAGGAUGCUCACAGACGAAAUGAAGAAGAAGAGACUUGACAUGUGCAAGGAAAUUUUGACUACUUUCCACUACUAA